AUGCAUGCACCACCGGUCAUCAGGAGAGUUCGAUGCGAACAUGUGCCAUGGUUAACUUCGCAAAUCAAAACAAAAAUGUAUCAUAGGGAUUUUCUUAAGAAAAAAGCAAUUAAAACAGGUUCAACCCACUUUCAUAAUGCAUACAAAAAGGCUAGAAAUAAUUUGAGCAAGUUAGUAAAAGAUACAAAAGCGAAUUAUUACAAUAAUGCGAUAAAUCAAUGCAAUAAGGAUCCAAAAUCUAUGUGGAAAACUAUCAAUCAAUUAACAAACAAGAAAUCGAAAACAACUAAAAUUAAUGAACUGAUAAUUGAUCAGAAAGUUACAACAAAUCCGGAUGAAAUAGCAGAAGGUAUGAAUAAAUAUUUCAAUGAUAUUGGAACCGUUUUGGCUGAUAAUCUCUCAAAUGGGCAUAAUAGUUUUGAGGCGUAUGUCAACCCUACUGAAACUACAUUUGAAAUUCAAAACAUUUCUGUAGUGGAGGUAAAAAGUGAAAUUUCAAGAAUCAAAACUUCCAAAGCUACUGGACAUGAUCGUAUAUCACCAAAACUUUUGAAAGACAGUGUGGAAGUAGUUGCCGAAUCCCUCACAAAUAUUUUCAAUAAAUCCAUUGAUAAGGGCGUAUUUCCUGAUACUUCCUGA